AUGCCCCCCAAACGCCCCGCCGCGACUACUAUCCCACCAUCUACUCUCUCCUCCGGCCCCAAGACCCUCACCACCAACUCCUCCAUCUACGACAUCGCCCACCAUGUCUGGCAACAGUACGUAGCCACAACGCCACAACGGACUCUCCUUCUUGACGCGUUUAUGGCCUUCCUGGUCCUUGUUGGGGGUAUCCAAUUCGUGUAUUGUGUGGUGGCAGGGAACUAUCCAUUCAAUGCCUUCCUGAGCGGCUUCUGUGCCGCGGUCGGCCAAUUCGUCUUGACGGCUAGUUUACGCAUGCAAACGAGUACAGAUCAGUCUGCGAAAUCCGUCUCCUCUUCUUCUAAGGGAAAUAAUCUUAAGAGUGUUGCUGUUGCGGAUGGUGAGGAUUCUCCAUCACAUGAGAGGGCCUUUGCGGAUUACAUUUUCGGAAGCUUGAUUCUGCACUUCUUCUGUAUCAAUUUCAUUAACUAA